AUGGCAUCACAGAACGACGAGCUGUACUUGGAUUAUCGAGGCGGUCAAGAAGCAACUUCCGAGUCUGAGACGCCGCAACCACUGCGCAUUGCAAAGAAACAGUCCCCAGCCACUUCUACCGACCCAGCACAGCAGUUUGCAGAGUACAGAGUGCCCAGUGCAGGCGGAUGGGGAGCGCCUAGUAGUCCGCCUCCGAACAUCCCCCUCCCAUACCCCGACGACCGCGCGCGAAGACAGAAGCCGCCGAGUCGCUCGGCCACCCCGCAAGAGCUUGCAGAAGAGGGAAGAAGCGGUGGGCCAUACUACCCACGCAGGACGAGCAUGAACUCAGACGCUUCGAGCGGAGCGGGGAGUGGAUCGAGCAACAGACGUCCGAGGUUCUCACCCGAUGACCCCAACAGGCCUUCUGUGAAUUACCCAGGCUUCUCCAGCGCUGGACGGCUGGCGGAGCGGAGGGGAACUGCUGCUAAGAACAUUAUCCCACCCGACUCUCCUGGUGGCCCCGAGCCGCCUCACAAGAGUCCAGAGCCGGUGAACACGUACGAUGGCGGGACGUUAUUCGCCAUUCCACCAACACGAAAAGCGAGCGAGCCUGCUCCGACUGCUGCUCCAACACAGAGCUCUAAUGUCGACUUCUACCCUCCUCCACUGGCUGCAACGCCCCCUGUUGUGACCCAACCGCAGUCAAGUGGCCAGCUACACAUAACUAACCCUGCCGGAGUCAACAGACUGGACAGCACGGCAUCGACCUCUACCACGAGAGCUUCAAGAGGGUCGCCCCCUCCACCAGAAACGCCGGCGACGGACACGCUACCUGCGAAUGGGCUUACUGGAAUUGAAGCGCGCUAUGCUGCGAGUGGCAUACCGGGCACAAAUACGCUGAAUGAAAUGCAAGCGCAGAGUGCGGCUGCUGCAGCAAGGCGAGCAAACUACGCUUCACCACAGCCUCAGAGAGGACCGCAGCUUCAAGCAGGGGCUGCAUCCGGUGGGAGAUGGAGCCCAACGGAAAGGCCAGGUUCAGCACCCCAUGGCCCUCCAAUCACUUUCCAAGGCAAUGAAGAAGUUCAGUCGAGAGGCGCGGAUGUGCCUGGAAACACAGGCAGAGAAAGGACAGGAUCGGGAGCAAGUCAGCAGCUUGAAUCUGAAAUGGGUCGCAUGAAUAUGCAUGAAGAGCCACCGCCAGCUUACUCUCCCCCAAUGCCAGGAACGUCAAACUCGCAAUACCCGAAUGAGAAGGGGCGAUACGCGGCUUCCGCAUCGCAGUCUCCUGCGCCUGGAGCUGCAGCUGCCGUGAAGCCGUCCGUUGUCGAUCCGAACGUCCGACAGCAUCCUGCAUUCGCGAAUGAUGGCCGCUCAGGAGCAACUCCAUCACCACAGCCAGGCGCACAGCAGCAAAACGGUGCGAGGCAAGGCAUGACGCCCGUUAAUGUUGCGCAGGCAAAUCAGCAUAGUGCCUCUCCUGGACCUUCGGGCGCAGGUCCGGCUAGUCCUCCACCUCUUCCCGAAGGCUGGAUUGCCCACCUCGACAACAACUCUGGCCAGUACUACUACAUCCAUCUCCCAACGCAGAGCACGCAAUGGGAGUUUCCGAAGGGACCCACGCCUCUCAAUUUACAAGAGCCGAUGAGUCCUGCUGGCACAUUCGUCGGUAACCCUCUCUCACCCUCCGCCUCCGUCUUUAAGCAGCCUCUCGCAUCACCCGGCUUUAGCGGAAUGCCCGUCCACCAGACUGCCAACUACGACCGUAUGAGCAUGGCUAGCAUCGCCUCUCCCACGACUGCCGGCUUCACUGGUCCACCACCUUCAGCAGGCAUCGACAUGUACAAAAUCGCGCCCACCAACGGCGUCUACUUCGGUCCCUAUCUGCGCUACACCAACAUGGACCUCGAACGUGGUCUCUGGCUUGGGUCAAUCAUGCUUAUCUGCGAAGCCUCCCAACAACCGCCUACCAUCCACAUCCACCAGAGCAUUGAUCUGAGCCCGAAUCCGCGGCAGCUUAAGGCGCACCCGAUUCAGUCUCAUCAGCGCUGGAUCUUCUAUCGGUAUGACGUUGACCUGCGCAUGGACGAGCAGGGACCGGCGAAGUGGACGUAUGCCAUUACCAGUCAUCUUGGCUGCACCCGCUACGAGUUCCUGGUCGCCAGUCGGCAUGAGAAUAGUUGGCGGUUUGUCACGCAUUCGGGUAAUGACUUCGCGCUCAAUGUCUCUGCCAAUGAGAGGAGCAGACUCGGUGGCAUCCCGCUUAUGUGGAAGGAUGUGCUACUAAAGCAUCAAGAGUGCGGCGGCUUCCACGCUCAGAUCGGACUUGGCGGCCAGAUCUACGCAGAUCGCCUGUGGAAGGAUAUCCCAGCGCUCAAGCAAUGGACACAGACGAGCGGGAAAGAGAAUCGUAAGAACGCACCUUGGAGCGCGAAGCUGGAAGAGGAUGUCAUGCACGCCUACUUCCACUACUACACCUCCCAUUUCGACCAGCCAGCUAUCCGCGAAGCCUUCGCGCAGAUCCCGCAGGUGUGCUGUCUAGAUGACCACGACAUCUUCGAUGGCUUCGGAAGCUAUCCAGACUACAUGCAGCAGAGCCACGUUUUCAAAGCUAUUGGGCGAAUUGGGAUUGACAUGUAUCUCCUCUUCCAGCACCACACCACGCAUGAGAUUCUGCGAAACGUUAGCAAUGACAUUGAUCUCUUCACCAUUACAGGCAACGGAUGGCAUUUCGUCAAGUACCUCGGUCCCAGCGUCGUCAUCGUCGGGCCGGAUACGCGGUCAGAACGAAACGCAAACCAAGUCAUGGCCGGGCCGACGUACCAAGGUCUCUUCCCGAAGGUGGCAGUACUGCCGCCAAGCGUACAGCAUUGUCUCUGGCUCAUGCCCGUGCCGAUCAUCUAUCCUCGGUUGGAGGCCGUGGAGUCGGUAGCGCAUGGUGUCCAGACUGGCAAGAAGUUUGUCACUGGCGCUUUCAACAUGGGCGGAAAGCUCGCCGGCGGGUUGGCGGGUGUAGUGGGAGCGAAGAGCGUGGUGCAUAGUGGGUUUGAUGGAGUGAAGAAGGCUGUCGGUAAGAGUGGACUGAUGCAGGGCGUGCUGAGUCCGUUUGGUGAGAUCGAUGUGUUGGAUGAGCUGAGGGAUCUGUGGACGCACGAGUCGAAGGACCUCGAGCGCACCUACAUCCUCCGCACGCUCCAAGGCAUCGCCCACAACAAAUCCCUACGCAUGACCUUCCUCUCCGGCGGCGUCAACGUCUGCGGCGCCGGCCUCGUGCACGACCCGGCCAAACCCUCAGACCACAAAACAAUGUACCAGCUCAUCUCCUCCUCGAUCGUCAACGCGCCUACACCCAGCUACGUCCUCAAAUUACUCCACAACAACAAACCCCUCUACAUCCCGCAAAACGGGCAUCGCUCCACCCCCAACGUACCCACGGACACGAAGGAGGAUAUGAUGGAGAUCUUCGCCGCGGACGUGGAUGGCCGGCCGCGGGAGUUGAGACGGUUGAUGGGACGGAGGAAUUAUUUGGCUUGUGUGGCGUAUGAUCCGGAGAUGGUGCAGGGGCAAUUUUCGCAGCAGGGGCCGGGGAGUGGUGGUGGGGGGAAGGGCAGGUUGAGUCUGGCGGCGGAUUUCAUGGUGCAGAAUGAGGGGAGCUUUGGGCAGCCGAUGAAGUAUGGGCCGGUGAUUAUUCCGAGUUUGGAGUAUGGGCGGUAG